UCACUCCAACCGCAGCGCUGCUCGUCGUCUUCCUCCCUUCCCUUCCAAAAUUCCACUCCAAUUCAUUUCACGUUUCACCUUCGGCUCGGUGCGGUGCGGUUUACCUCUCACUUUCUCUCACCUUCCCUCGCCCACCUCAAUCUCCUCCUCCUUAAGCAACGACGCCGCAGCAGCGGAGGACCACCACCACCACCACCCAGCCCUAGCUCCACCAACCGGAUCGCCCCCCCCCCCCCCAGCAAUGGCGUCCAAGGAGGCGGAGGCGGCGGCUGCCUGGCGCCGGGAUGCGUCGUGGUGAGAUCGCGCCGCAUGGGGAAGGAGGCCGUCGGCGAGGGGCAGCACCAGCAGCAGCGCCCGCCGGAUGGGGCAGGGGGCGGAGGAGGCGGAAGAGGAGGAAGAGGAGGAGGAGGAGGAAGGGGAGGUAGCGGGCGACUGGGGUGGUGGUGGUGCUGCUGCUGCGGUGUCGGUGGGGUGGUGCGGCUGAAAUGCGUGGCGGCGCUCGUGCUCGGCGUCGCCGUGCUGCUGUCGGCGGUGUUCUGGCUCCCGCCGUUCGCGCGGCGCGGGAGGGGAUCGGAGGGCCCGGAUCCGGGCGCCGGCUUCGAUGCUGAUAUAGUGGCAAGCUUUAGGCUGCACAAGAUGGUUCCUGAGCUGAAUGGAAAUGCAUCAAAGCUUGAAUUGGACAUUUAUGAGGAAAUCGGCAUUCCUAACUCCACUGUGGUAGUAAAUUCACUACAAUUAGUUGGAUCAAACUGGACAAAUGUUAUCUUCAGCAUUGUGCCUUAUCCAAAGAAUUUGACUUUAUCGUCAACAGGGCUGAGCAUUCUUAGGUCUUAUUUUAUGUCCUUUGUCGUGCGGCAGUCGACACUCCAGUUAACCGAGUCCUUAUUUGGAAAUUCAUCGUCCUUUGAAGUGCUUAAAUUCCCAGGAGGAAUUACAAUCAUUCCGCCACAAACUGCUUUCCUUCCUCAGAAACCUCAUGCAACUUUUAACUUCACUCUUAAUUUCCCAAUCUACAAAGUGCAAGACAGAAUCGAUGAGCUAAAGGAUCAAAUGAAAACUGGGUUACUGCUCAAUUCCUAUGAGAAUCUGUAUAUCAAGUUGGCGAAUUUGAAUGGUUCAACGGUUGACCCUCCAACUAUUGUUGAGACCUCCAUUUUUCUUGAAGUUGGGAAUCACCAGCCAUCUGUACCAAGGAUGAAGCAGUUGGCACAAACAAUUACUAAUUCAUCUUCAGGAAACCUGGGUCUGAACCAUACCGUAUUUGGCAGGGUGAAGCAGAUAAGCCUUUCAUCCUAUCUUAGACAUUCUUUACAUAGUGGGGGUGGUUCUGAAGCACCUAGUCCAGCACCCAUGCACCAUCAUGGUCACCAUCACCAUCAUCACCAUCACCAUGGUCAUGAAGACAGCAGGCAUUCGGCUCCGGCUCAGGCUCCAGUACAUUACCCUGUGCAUGAACCCAGAUAUGGAGCUCCACCUCCAUCUCGGUGUCCAUAUGGUACUGACAAGCCAAAGAAUAAAGCUCAUGUAAUGCCAGCUCCUGAGCCUACAGCCAAUGGCCAUCAUUUUGCUUCACCAGUUGCUUUGCCACCUCACUCACUGUCACCACGGAAUCCCAAUGUGCACAGUAGGUCCCCUAUUCCAUCCCCUCCAGUUCUUCCAGAACCACCUUUGCCCACUGUUUCUUUUGCUCAUGCUCAUCCUCCAAGUGAACAUACAUCAAGAAGAGAUCCUGCUGGAUUGUCGGCUCUGGCCCCUGCACCUCAUUCAUCAAACGCUACUCGGAGCCUGUGGCGUUCCAUUCAUUGGGCCAACAUUGUGCCUCUUGUGUGUAUUCUAAUGAGCCUACUAUGACGAAGAAACACGCGGCUAGACAGAUGUAAAUUAGGGAGGUUUCAAGAGGUGAUGAGGCACCACCUGUUCUUCUUGUCUGGCUGUAGCCGGCCGAUCAGCUCCCGGGCCGGCGGGCAAGCACAAUACAGCGUCCCACACGGCCUCGGCGUGCUGUUAUACUUCUUGUUAGUGCAUGUAAAUAUGGAUGGGGGGGGGGGGGGGUGGGGUAUAAGGCAAAUGGGCAGCAGCUGUGCCUAGGUCAAAGCCACGGUGGUGGCAGGCCCUUGUCUAGCACUUGUUGCCCGGGUUUUGCUAUGUACUACUGCUGUUGAGAAGAGGAUCUUCAAGUGUAAAAACCACUUCUUUUUUCUUUUUAAUAUGAGAGGGGCAUAGAAUCUACCUCCAAUUUUCAGAGGUCUAUUUUGGGACUAUGCUCUGGAGCAUCUGUCUUGUUGAACCUAUAGUUUCUCAUAAUUUUUUGAGGGCUUUCCUCUUGAA